AUCUCGUAAAUACAAGUCGGGAUUCCGAGAUUUCUAAGUAAAAUGACCACAAUGUCGACUUAUCUUAGAAUUAUCAUUCAACUGUGUCAUAAGGUUACUAAUAAGAAAUUAAAAAGAAAACAAUAAACAAUACAAUUCAACAAUACAGUAGUGCCAGUCUUCUAUCCGUGUCACAUGGUAAUAUUGUCCUCCGUUUGAGCUGGUUACAUACUAGAUCAAGAUGAGUUUGUUGUAUUUCAUUGUGUUGUUUUGUUUUUUAAAUCAUUGUUAUUGUGCUCCGACUCAUAAAAGUCGUGAAGUGCCCUCAGUGAAGGCAUUAGAAUUUAUGAAAAGAUAUGGCUACAUUAAAAUGGACACUGGGGACUCCGAGGCACUAUAUACAGAAGGGGGAAUCUCCGAAAUUAUCAAAGUAAUGCAAAGAUUUGGAGGCAUUGAGGAGACAGGUGAAUUUGACGAUGCUACGAAAAGGCUGAUGACCUUACCUCGUUGUGGAGUACCUGAUAUAAUCCAAAAUAGUCGCCAAAAAAGAUAUGUACUAGGUCCUGGAGGUUGGGAAAAGAGGAAUAUCAGUUACUAUUUAGCGAAUUGGUCUCCAGUAUUGGGGGAAGCAACCGUUCAAAAACAUAUCCAGAAAGCUUUAGAUACAUGGGGAGGAUACGGUAGACUAAACUUCUUCAGAAGUCCUUCUCAAAACGCUGAUAUAAUAGUACAAUUUGCACAAGGAUAUCACGGAGACCGUUUUCCCUUUGAUGGAAGAAGUGGCAUACUAGCCCACGCAUUUUUUCCUCAUGAACAAGAUCAUCUUGGAGGAGACAUCCAUUUUGAUGCUGACGAAAUCUGGAUUGAUAAAUCGCAGAAAGAUUAUGAUGAAGAUGGUACCGAUUUCUACUUUGUAGCAUUACAUGAGUUGGGGCACUCUUUGGGCCUUGCCCAUUCUCCAGUUAGAAGUUCAAUCAUGUUUCCAUAUUAUCAGGAUUCUGGCAGUCCCCCUCAAUUAGGGUACGAUGAUAUUUUGGCCAUGUAUGAUUUAUAUAUUCGUAGAACUCUUAAAGAGGAUACUGUAAUCACGACAAAUAAUCUUAAUGGGGAUACAUCCACAACAACUUUGACAACACCAUCAACUACAAGUUGGUCCACUGAACAAACACAUUAUACAAGCACAGAUACAGAUAAAUCUACCAGAGAUCAACGAUAUCCUGACUAUAAAGAAUAUGAUUCUGAAGAAGUUACUUCUUCAAGGACAACGUUACAAACAGAGACAUCGACUGCAGUGACAUGGACUACAGCGACAUCGACUAAAACACCUGAAUAUGAUGACGACUAUGAGGGAGAAGUAUACAAAAAUGAUAUACCGAAUACAGAUGCAAGAAAGAUUCCAGAUAUUUGUGAUGGUCAUGUGGACGCCAUUGCUAACUUAAGAGAUGAAUUGUUCGUGUUCAGAGAUCAGUAUAUUUGGAGGUUCAGUGAACGUGGAGUUCUAGUGGAUGGCUUUCCUAUUACAAUCCAAGAUAUGUUUCCUAAUUUACCAGAUUCGGUAACAAAAGUUGAUGCAGCUUACCAGCGACCAGAUGGGAUGAUUCUAAUAUUUACAGGUGACAAAUUCUGGAUUCACACAGGAAACAAUUUCCUCAGCAGAAGUCCCGAGCCAUUGACUCAUCUAGGUCUUCCUGAAUAUGUCACCAAAAUAGAUGCAGUGCAAAACUGGAAACGCAAUAAGAAAACAUAUUUUUAUGGCAUGGAUCGUUUCUGGAGAUACAAUGAGACAUCACACGAGAUAGAUCCAGGUUAUCCUCAACACAUGCAACGAUGGAGGGGAGUUCCUUCAUAUUUAGAUUCAGCUAUUACGUGGAAAGAUGGCUUCACUUACUUCUUUAGAGGAGGUCUUUUCUGGAAAUUCGACAACGACUGGAUCAUGGCAACUGACGAUUCGCCGAUGCCUACCCCUACUUAUUGGUUUGGAUGCCCGGAGAAGAACAAUAUAGUUUUAAGUUGGUUUUUACGAGAUCCGUGAUCUUGAAUAUAUUUAUUUUUGUUAUGUAUUGUUGUUAUGUAAUAAAUAGUCUUUUUAGUA